UGACGUAUAGGCGGGGUCAGACGGGAUCUGCUCUCCCAGGGGUUUUUGGCUCUACCCAGGUCCCCUGCCCUGCGGUGUUGCAGUUGCGUCGCCACCGGCUGCUGUCCCUGGGUGAGAGCAAGAGGGAGUGGCGUCAUGGACCCACUGGAACCCCUUCCGCGGCCUUGAAAGGUUGAGGGGCAGUUUUCGCUCGAGGAGGGCGAGGCUUCAGUGUUUGUGGCUGGGUGAGAGGGACUCCCUGGGACCGGAGCGAGGGUCUUGACGUCACAGCACCAUGCCCCCUCCCGCGGGCCGAGGUCCUGGUGGUUUCUUAAUCCCUGUCUUUGACAUCAUCGCCCUUUGCUUCGAGUUGGAGAGGGGGCCCUGCCCUGUCACCCCAGGACCCCCACCAUGGAAGACACAUUAGAGGACCCCCCCACUUCGGCUGUCUUGCUGGAUCACUGUCAUUUCUCUCAGGUCAUCUUUAAUAAUGUGGAGAAGUUCUAUGUCCCUGGAGGGGAUGUCACAUGCUAUUACACCCUCACCGAUCAUUUCAUUCCCCGUCGAAAGGAUUGGAUUGGCAUCUUUAGAGUGGGAUGGAAGACAACCCGCGAGUAUUACACCUUCAUGUGGGUUGCUUUGCCCACUGACGUAAAGAGCGAAUUGACCAAACAGCAGGAAGUACAAUUUAAAGCUUAUUACCUGCCCAAGGAUGAUGAGUAUUACCAGUUCUGCUAUGUGGAUCAGGAUGGUGUGGUCCGGGGAGCAAGUAUCCCUUUCCAGUUCUGUCCAGAAAAUGAGGAGGACAUCCUGGUUGUUACCACUCAGGGUGAGGUGGAAGAGAUUGAGCAGCACAACAGUGAGCUUUGCAAAGAAAACCAGGAGCUGAAAGAUAGCUGUGUCAGCCUCCAGAAGCAGAACUCAGACAUGCAGGCGGAGCUCCAAAAGAAGCAGGAGGAGCUAGAAACCCUAAAGAGCAUCAACAAGAAGUUGGAACAGAAAGUGAAAGAGCAGGACAGCAGGGAGGCAGAGCUGCUUCAACUGAAAGAACAAAACCAGAAAAUAUCCUCAGAAAAUAAAAAGAUGAAAGUCAGAGUGGAUCAGCUUCAGGCCCAGCUGUCAACUCAAGAGAAAGAAAUGGAGAAGCUUGUUCAGGGAAAUCAAGAUAAGACAGAGCAGUUGGAGCACCUGAAAAAAGAAUAUGGCAAGCUCUUUCUCAGUUUAACUGAACAGUGGGAGUGCCAGAAGACGCUCAAGCAGACAGUGGAGGAGUUGAAGCAGAAAGAAGCUACGGCAACGAAGAAGCAGCAGGAGUUAACGGACCAGAACUUUGACCUGUCAAAAAGACUAAGCGAGAACAAGAUUAUAUGCGAUGUUCUGCAGAAAGAGAAACAGAAUUUGGAAGGAGAAAAUGAUAUUUUGAAGAGGGAGAACAGCAGAAUGAUGAGUUACAUGGGUCUGGAUUUUGACUCUUUGCCAUAUCAAGUGCCUACUUCAGAACAAGGAGGUGCAGGACAAAGCCCGGGACUGGUCUAUGGAAACCCAUAUUCUGAAUCCUAUGAAGAUGAUUGUGCGGAUUAUCCCACUCUAGCAGAAUAUGUUCAGGAUUUCUUGAAUCAUCUUACAGAGCAGCCUGGCAGUUUUGAAACUGAAAUUGAACAGUUUUCAGAGACACUGCCGGAGUGGGUUACAACAGAUGAUGCUUUUCAAGAACUUGUGGAACUCAUCUAUCAACAGGCCACAUCUAUUCCAAAUUUCUCUUACAUGGGAGCUUGCCUGUGUAAUUACCUGUCCCAUCAUCUGACAAUUAGCUCACAGAGUGGCAGCUUCCGUCAAUUGCUGCUUCAAAGAUGUCGGACUGAAUAUGAAGUUAAAGAUCAAGCUGCAAAAGGGAAUGAAGAGACUCGAAAACGAUUCCAUGCAUUUGUACUCUUUCUGGGAGAACUUUAUCUUAACCUGGAGACCAGAGGAACAAAUGGACAGGUUACAAGAGGAGAUAUUUUUCAGGUUGCUCUUCCAGAGUUGCUGAAUGCCCUCCUUUCUAAUCCUGUGGAUGACAAUUUAAUUUGUGCAGUUAAAUUACUGAAGUUGACAGGGUCAGUUUUGGAGGAUGUCUGGAAGGAAAGAGGAAAGACUGAUAUGGAAGAAAUUUUUCAGAGAAUUGAAAAUGUUGUCCUAGAUGCAAAUUGCAGCAGAGACAUAAAACAGAUGCUCUUGAAGCUUCUAGAACUCAGGUUAAGUAACUGGGGUAGAGUCCAUGUAACCUCAACAUACAGAAAAGCAACGCCUGAAAAUGAUCCUAACUAUUUUAUGAAUGAACCAACAUUUUACACAUAUGAUGGUGUUCCUUUCACUGCAUCUGAUUCAGAUUACCAAGAGAAAUAUCAAGAGUUACUUGAAAGAGAAGACUUUUUUCCAGAUUAUGAAGAAAAUGGAACAGAUUUAUCGGGGGCUGGUGAUCCAUACUUGGAUGAUAUUGAUGAUGAGAUGGACCCAGAGAUAGAAGAAGCUUAUGAAAAGUUUUGUUUGGAAUCAGAGCACAAGCAAAAACAGUAAAGCUAAAUUUCAACAUAGUCAGUUUUAUAAAGCAGUUUAGGUUAUGGUGAUUUAGCAGAACACAGAAAGCAAGAAAUUGUGUCACUCUUAUACCAAAUUAAGGAUGCUGAGUUAUGUUACUAAUGCAUACAACUUUUGUUUAACACUGUCUGCCAAAAUAAACUUUAUUUCCUAUAACUUAAAA